UGCAUAGUAUGUAUCGCGAGAGUUUGCAGUGUAAUUUUUUUCUUUUUUAACCUGAUGCUACUUGGCCAGCACGUGGGAGGGAUAUGUUGAGAUAUUUGUAGACACACGUGUGUUGGAAAUAUUUCCUUAUUUCGUCUUAUUGUGACAGGACUACGGAACGUAAAAUAUUGUGUAGCUGGUACUGCUGCAAAGAAAUGCCACUGAGGUUUCGCUCUGUUGUGCCCUACACACUGCCUGGAAUACUCGGAUUCAUCGGCUGGUGGUGGUACAUCUCUCGAAAGAAAGAGCAUCUUGUCAUCUGUGAACCCAAAGAUGGCACACCAUCAGCCACUGUUUGUCUCAAAGCAUCUCCAGCAGAGGGUAGCAGUUGUGUUGUUGAAAAAGACACCAUAUCCCCCAAAAAUGUUACAGAAAUCUCAACCCGUAGACUUUCAAAGGUCUCUAAACAGAGUUUUGAAAACGAAAUUAUUUUUGACAUUCAAGUUCAGAACACUGUGGCUGCAGCUCCGUUGGAACAAUGUUCUGAAGAAGCAACACCAGACAUUGGAAGACUAAGAGAUGUAGUCAAUAACUCUUCAGUUCUGCCAACUGAAAAAGAUGACGUGCAGGAGCCCUUCACUGAACAUGGCGAUCUGAAAAAACCCUUUCCAAUUGCUUUUGUAACGGAGUUGGAAAAGCACAUAGUAAAAGAGCCACCCUUUGCUGUAACACAGGACAAUUUGCCUUGCAGGUCUGAUGAAACCACUUGGUCAACUCCAACAAACACCUGUCUUUCUGAUGCAGAGAGGCCUGAACCAGAGGGAGAGGUUGCCAAGAAUCACAGUGUAAUUGAUGCACAAGAUACUGUGGUUGUUUCUGCCAUCACCUCAUCAAAAAUGCAGAAAGUAAACUUAUCCACGGAAGAGUAUUUGGAAAUGCCAUCUUCAGUUCGGGAUUCCCACCAACACAUUCUAACUAGUACACCUACUGUCUUUGGCCAAAUCUCGACAGAGUUUACCACUGUCCAAAAUACCACCACUGCAUCUGUGACCCCAGAGGAUUUACAGCUACAAAGUAGCAGUGGUGAACAUCAGAAUCUGGAACUUUUGGCAGCCAGACUGGUAACUGAGGUCAUCUCGGCAGCCACCCAGGACGUCCUUGGCGUCACCAGCUGCCAGGUCACAUAUGACAACCACCCCAGCUGCAUUACCAGCACUGCACUGUGUCACAGCAGACUGUGCUUCCUUCAAGAACCAAUCACAGGAGCACAUAAGCAUCACUACUUACUGACAAACUCUUCUAUUAAGGGCCAUCAAUCUAGAGAAGCCACACAGAAAGAAGGUGCACAAAUGCAUAAUGGAUCCUCCUCAUCUCCAUUAUGGGAGCCUGUUGAGGUUGGUCAAAGGGUUCACCAGAAUGUUGCACAGAGAGGCCUAUGGCCCACACUAUCACCCCAAUCAGCACAAACUACACCUCUGCUCAAUACACAACUGAAAGGUGAUGAUGUACCAUUACUGGCUUGUGCCACGCAUCACUCUGUGGACUACAACUGCAGUAAGAACAUCCAAAGCAGCAUGGUCAAAAACUCAACAGAUGUAAUCCAGGCUACAGACUUUUCAGCAACAGAGGUUGGAAAGCAUCAGUCACCGUUGGACACUAGCAAUGAGGCAACAAUUUCACCUAUAAUUUCAGAAGAAAUACAUGGGUUUAAUGGGAUAGAGCUGAGGAAUGGAGCUCGUGAGACGUGUGAGGUGGAAGCGGACCACUCUGGAGGCUCUGAUGUGAAUAGCAUGGAUUCAGUGGACAGUGGCUGCACCAUGGGUCCCAGCAAAAGCCUGAGCAAUCACACUGCCUCUUCAGACUGUGAGCUAAUCAUCUGGGAGAUUGAGGUACCAAAGCAUCUUGUUGGGCGUCUAAUCGGGAAGCAGGGAAGAUAUGUGAGUUUCCUCAAGCAGACCUCUGGUGCAAUGAUCUACAUAUCUACCCUGCCUUAUACACAGGAAUUCCAGAUCUGUCAUAUAGAGGGUACACAGCAGCAAAUUGACAAAGCCUUGUCACUGAUUGGAAAGAAGUUUAAAGAUCUGGACUUGACAAAUGUAUAUGCACCUCAACCUCCCCCCCUCACAUUGCCAUCACUUCCCAUGACCUCCUGGCUUCUCCUUCCCAGUGGAGUAACAGUAGAAGUUAUAGUGGUAAACAUUGUGUCGGCCGGACACAUCUUUGUCCAGCAGCACACCCAUCCUACCUACCAUGCUUUGAGAAGCCUUGACCAACAGAUGUUCCUCUGCUACUCCCAGCCUGGCACCCCUUCCCUGCCUUCACCUGCUGAAGUUGGUGUAAUUUGUGCAGCUCCAGCAGUAGAAGGAGCCUGGUGGAGAGCUCAAGUCAUCACCUUCUAUAAGGAAACAAGUGAAGUGGAGAUAAGAUAUGUUGAUUAUGGUGGCUAUGAUAGAGUGAAGAUAGACACACUACGGCAAAUAAGGUCUGAUUUUGUCACUCUACCAUUUCAAGGUGCUGAAGUAUUGCUUGACAACAUCGCCCCUCUUCCGGGAGAGGAUCGCUUUUCAGUAGAGGCCACAUCAGCGUUGGAAGACAUGUCCCGAGGGGUGGCACUGCUUGCACAGGUUUCAAAUUAUGAUAAUGGCACAGGUCUCCCAUUGGUUCACUUGUGGAACAUGGUUGGGGAUGAGGUCAUCUCUGUGAAUCGUACACUGGCUGACAAGGGCCUGGGAUCUUGGGUGGAUGGAUUUUGAAGUUAUAAUGCUUUAUCACUGCAGCUUAACCUAGCACCUCAUACUAUUAUUAUCAACUGUCCGGCGGGCGGGCGGACAUACCGUUAAGUGGCCACAAUCAUUUAUUUUGAUGUUGUGUUUUCAGUUAUCUUCUGGUUUUCUUUUCCCUUGCCACAUUACUUUUGAGAGUGAUUAAAAAUUGUAUGCAUGCAUAAUCUACGAAUACAAUACUGUCUCAAAUUAAAAUAAGUUUUCAUUGUU